UUUUGGAGCUGAUACUUUGUGGCAGCACUGUAAAGCGCUAACCAUCCAUCAAGGAAGCAUGGCUGCGUUCGUCGGUAUAGUGUCUUUAGCUAGUAGAAAUGCUCGUCGCUCUGUUUUAUCUGGAAUCAGUAGGUUAAAAAAUUCAACGAGAAUAAUAGAUCGAUCAGUGUCUCAAGCUCCUGUCGGUUUUAUUGGCCUAGGAAACAUGGGUGCUUUUAUGGCUAGGAAUUUAUUACAAAAAGGUCAUUGUAUCAUAGUUUACGAUGUACAUCCAGAAGCCAUGACACAGCUUGUCGAUAGUGGAGCAUUGAUUGCACAGCAUCCAGCAGAUAUGGCUGAAAGGUGUGAUCGAGUAAUAACUAUGUUACCUUCAAGUCCACAUGUGCAAGAAGUGUAUGCUGGUGAAAAUGGUAUUUUUGAACGUGUUAAACCUGGUACUCUUUUAAUUGAUAGUAGUACAAUAGAUCCUGCUGUUACAAAAGAUUUAGCGCUCAUGGCUGAGAAAAGAAGUGCUGUUUACCUUGAUGCUCCAGUUUCUGGAGGUGUCAACGCCGCAAAAGAUGGGACAUUAACCUUCUUGGUUGGUGGUAAAAAAACAGAAUUUGAGGCUAUCAGAGAAUUAUUGUUGUGUAUGGGUCAAAAUGUUGUUCAUUGUGGCAAUGUUGGUACUGGACAAGCAGCAAAAAUUUGCAAUAAUAUGGCACUUGCUAUUUCAAUGAUAGGAACAGCCGAAGCUAUGAAUCUUGGCAUUCGGCUUGGAUUGGAACCAGAAAUGAUGAGCAAAAUAUUAAAUAUGAGUUCUGGAAGAUGCUGGGCUAGUGAAGUAUACAAUCCUGUUCCUGGUGUUAUGGAUAAUGUUCCAGCUUCUAAUGGAUAUCAAGGUGGAUUUGGCACUGCAUUAAUGGCAAAAGACUUGGGUUUAGCUCAAAUAGCUGCUACAAAGACUAAUUCACCUAUCCCUCUUGGUUCAUCAGCUCAUCAGAUAUAUAGAAUGAUGAUAAACAGUGGCUUCCCAACAAAAGAUUUUUCUUCUGUCUUUUUGUAUCUGCAAGAAGGCCAUAAAUAUAAUGGAAAAAAGUAAAGAUGAACCUGAGAUUUUAAAGAUACAUUCAGCCGAAAUUUUCUUUUAUCUUUGUUGGAGAUCAAUAUUGUACAUAGCUUUAUAGUGAUCUGAAUUUAUAUAUUUUGUAUAUACUUAAAAUUCAAUUUAUAUAAAACAAUGUAAUCAUAAGUUACUAUAAAAAUUUACAUUUUGUUUAUUUUA